UUCAAAACGCCCAGCAUGCGCCAGCCUUACAAGCACAGGCUUUCGAUCUUCACACGUAAGAAAACAGUCGCUGUCCAUCGGCCGCGAGGGCCGGGUGUCAUUCGAAACCGAACUUUGUAUUCGAAAUUCGAAACUGGGAGUUCGAGUCGCGAGUGUUUUGUUUUCAGUGCUUCGAAGUGUUUGUUUUCGAGAAGGAGGCAAAGAAUUCAGCUAGUUCGUGCAACAAAAAAAUGCGGGCCUGUUCAACGUGACAGUUCAAAAGGAACCACCAAGAUGUCGUUCAAACAGCUCACAAACAACACUAUCGCUAAGGCCUACAACCAUCUGUUUGUGGAAUUAGCAGAUCCUCGCACCAACGACUGGUUUCUCAUCACUAGCCCAAUCCCAGGGCUGACCAUCCUCUACCUGUACCUGAAGUUCGUCAGAACAUGGGGCCCCCGCUACAUGGCCGACAGGCCGCCCUUCCAGUUUCAGAAGACGCUCAUCGUGUAUAACUUCUUGCAGGUGCUUGUUAGCUGCUGGCUGUUCCAUGAGGGUCUAGAUGCGGGCUGGCUCCGAACAUACAGUUGGAAAUGCCAACCCGUCGACUUCUCAGAUAGCCCGGAAGCGAUGCGAGUGGCCCGAGGAGUCUACGUGUACUUCCUAGCGAAGAUGUCCGAGCUCCUGGACACGGUGUUCUUCGUGCUCCGCAAGAAGGACCGCCAGAUCACCUUCCUCCACAUGUACCAUCACACCGUCAUGCCCAUGAUAUCCUGGGGAGCGACUAAAUACUACCCCGGCGGGCACGGCACGCUCAUCGGCGUGAUCAACUCGUUCGUGCACAUCAUCAUGUACUCCUACUACAUGCUCGCAGCCAUGGGGCCCAAGUACCAGCGGCUGUGCUGGUGGAAGUCUUACAUCACUACUUUACAAAUGGUCCAGUUCUGCAUAGCAUUCCUCCACUCAUCCCAGCUGCUCUUCUACGACUGCGGCUACCCUCGCUGGUCCGUCGUCUUCACUCUUCCCAAUUCUAUUUUCUUCUACUAUCUCUUCUGGGACUUCUACGACAAAGCCUAUAAGAAACCUGACCCCAAUGGUGCUAAAUCUAAUGGGCGCGUCAAAGAAAAUGGCGUUAAAAGUCAUAAACAAAUUGAAAGCAAUGGGAUUAACAGGAGUAAUAAUAAGAAAGUGAAGUGAAUUGUAUACUGUUUAUUGCGUAUAAAAGAGCUAAGGCAGUUUAAACCUUGACUCUUGUCUUAUUUAGAAAAAAAAAUGCAAAAGGAAAGGUCAUAAAUUGUUGUUUCUGACCUAAAUUGCAUGCUCCUAUGCAGCAAUUGAAUGGUAACAAAUUCGUUUGCCUUGUUUUUAAAUGUACCAUUUAAUGUUGUACCUAGAUUAUUUUGGGUCGAUUACAAAAAAAUGUUUUAAAGAUAAAUUAUUAAAUUUUUGAGGCAAGAUUAGUUUAAAGACGAUUAUACCAAUUGCGCAAAUUAGUAGCUUUACUUAAUAAGUCACCAUUUGUUUAUUGCUUAAGACAACUAAUGAAAAUCAUGAAAAAAAAAAAUACUAAUACACGCCAUGUAGAUUUGUAAAUAUUAUGUUAUUCAACUGUUUACAUAAUAAAGCACAAUUCUUGUUUACAUUGUACAUAAAGGCAUUUUAAGUAGGUAUAAAUUAGAAUGUUUUAAAUAUAAACGCAUGCUCAAUGUACUUAUUUAAAAUGUAAUAUUAAUUGUAUAAUUGUUUAUUAUUUUCACUGUGUAAAACACGGCCUUAAGGGGUCCACUGAUUACGGAUUACCAGUUCGCCGGACGAUAUCUGCCUGUCAGUUAUUGACAGGCCGAUAUCGUCCGGCGAACUGGUAAUCAGUGGGUGCCUUUAGUGUCAUGCAUGAUUGGAAAUUGGAUAGAUUUUUGCGUUUGAAGCCAAGACCUAAUUCGAGCCCAAAGUGACGUAGGCGCAGGUAGGCUUUCUGUGCGCUGUACGCGAACCGCGGCUGUAGCACGGCCGGAUUUUUAUCACUUGUCACUAUACCUGUCACCUUCUAACAAGUAUGUGAGAAAGUGACAGGCAUAGUGACAGGCGAUAAAAAUGGAACCAUGCUGCCACCGCUAGAGGCCAAAGCUUACUGACUUGCGGUGUCAAAAUAUGACGUCACCUUAUAUAUUUUGUCGCUAUACAAGGGAUAAUUGCGACCAUAAAUCUGGCCAUAUACGUUACUGUUUAAAAUAUUAUCUGUAGAACUCUCCGUGAUUCUGAUACACAGUGGGCUGGUAAAACCCGACAGAUUUUAAAGAUACAUUUUUGUCCGCAUUUAGAGACUAAAAUGUCAUACAAAAUUUCCUGAAUUCAGUCUUGUUUUAGAGAAAAUGGCAACUAUUGUGAAAAUUUGUUUCUUCUUCAAUUUGUAAUAAUUAAGUGAAAAACGCAUUUUUGCCUGCGACGCGGCCACUCUGUGACUUGGUUGAAACAUACCUACUGACAGAGAAUUGAUUGUUAUAGAGAGGUAAGGUCUAAGAUAGGUCUAAGAAAAAAAACAUUCUACUGACAAUCAAAACAGAUGGCGCUGUACUGCACCAUAUAUUUUGUCACUGAAUUAUCAAACGUCAACUUUUGACAAUUAGAGUUACCGCAAAAUGUAUGGAGCUGUACAGCGCGGAUGGCGCUGUACAGCUCGCAAAUGCAGCUUGCAAAUACGUUUACCUGUCAAAUUCCAAGCACGAAAUUAUCUUAGAUUUAUCGCAUCUUACUCAAUUAAUGUAUCUUUGCUACUUACGGACUUUGCUACUUUUUUUUCGGCAAAUACCAUUUUUUCCGAAAUUUAGCAAAACUCAUAAGACCUUUUUUGCUAUGACGUCAGGAAUGCGUGGUUAAAAUCUGUCGGGUUUUACCAGCCCACGGUGUAUAUGACUAACCUGCAACUACUAGAAUACCUAUUAGAACACAAAUACACAGCAUCCUUCUAUAAUUACCUAAGUGUAAGAUAAUAAUAAGGAAUUGUAGAUAGAUUUUUAAAUAUACUAAUGUAUACAAAUUCUUCCAAAGCGGGAUACAGGACUCUCUGCCUAUAGGAAUAAGGUGUUCUUUAGAAAAGUGCUACUAUUCAGAAAUUAUAUAAUUGUGAACCAAUGUCACUUUUAUGGCUGGUCUUAGUUUUAUCUUUUUUCUGAUCGUGUAGUGUAGUGUAUACACUACGUUAAGAUUUCACCGACUUGGCAAGUGAAAAAAUGUGCGGAUUCUAUGAAAUUGAAAUUUGUUUAAUCUUUAUAACAUGGCGCAGCCAUAUUUUAUCCCUGAAAAGUCAGUGCAAAUUUAAAAACUCACUAUAACUAGAAGAGUGAAUAUCUUGGUCUCCAUUUGACGCUAUACGUAGCUCCCGUUCCAUGGAAAUGUAUAUCUGUAUUGUCAAAGUGACACAGCAUAUGCGUAUAGAAUUAAUGGGGUUGGCUUGUCGUUGAAGAUGGGGAAGACUUCUCGAGAAUAUUUUUGUUACGUAUAGCUUAUUACGCAGUGAACUAUCGUGGAAGUCUCUGCAGCUAAUGAAAAAUUAAUCUUGAAACACU